AUCUGAUCGAGCUAUACUCCGUACUACUCUCCAUUCUCGAUCUCCCCCAUGCAUCUUGUACUCCCAGGCCAUCAAAGCACAUAAGCAAAGCCAUGGCGACUGUCACCGAGGUGCUGACAGAGUCUCCCACCACAACAGCUGUCCCGAUAAAGUCGGGUCAGAUCAAGUUCCACCAUGAUGAGCUGCCCGUGGUUGGAUUGUCAGAUAUUCCCCUGCCGCCUCCCUCCAAACAGCCAACCGAGGUGCUCAGCAUAGACAAGCCCACUCCGGAUCACCAUGUCCCUCGAGACCCGCGUCUCAUCAGACUGACGGGUGUUCACCCUUUCAAUGUCGAGCCUCCCCUCACCGCUCUGUACGACGAAGGGUUCUUGACGUCACCGGAAAUUUUCUAUGUGAGAAAUCAUGGCCCCGUUCCAUUUGUGAGGGACGAAGACAUCCCGAAUUGGGAGAUCAGCAUCGAAGGCCUGGUGGAGAAGCCGCUGGUCCUGAACUUCCGGGAGAUCUUGCAGCAAUAUGAUCAGAUCACGGCACCAAUUACACUCGUUUGUGCAGGAAACAGACGCAAGGAGCAAAACGUGGUCAGGAAAACCAAGGGCUUUUCAUGGGGAUCAGCUGGUCUGUCGACAGCCCUUUGGACUGGCCCAAUGAUCGCAGAUAUCCUGCGGAGUGCGAAACCCCUUCGGAGAGCCAAGUAUGUCUGCAUGGAGGGCGCGGAUAAGCUCCCAAAUGGGUAUUACGGGACAUCGGUCAAACUGAAUUGGGCCAUGGACCCCAACAGGGGAAUCAUGCUGGCCCAUAAGAUGAAUGGCGAGGACCUUCGUCCAGAUCACGGUCGACCCUUGAGAGUUGUCGUACCCGGUCAAAUCGGUGGCCGAAGUGUCAAGUGGUUGAAGAAGCUCAUUCUGACCGAUGCACCCAGUGAUAACUGGUAUCACAUCUACGAUAACCGCGUACUGCCGACGAUGGUUUCACCCGAGAUGUCGUCCAGUGAUCCAAACUGGUGGCGUGACGACCGGUAUGCCAUUUACGACCUUAACGUGAACUCUUCUGUUGUAUAUCCCAGACACAAGGAGAUACUUGAUCUUUCGUCGGCGGGCCCGUCGUAUAAUGUGAAAGGGUAUGCAUACGCAGGAGGCGGGCGAAGGAUUACGAGAGUCGAGAUAUCCUUGGACAAAGGCAAAACCUGGCGAUUGGCCAACAUCUCAUAUGCCGAGGACAAGUACCGUGAUUUUGAAGGUAACCUGUUCGGUGGCAAAGUGGAUAUGUCCUGGCGCGAGACUUGUUUCUGCUGGUGCUUCUGGUCGAUGGAUAUCGCUAUCUCCGAGCUAGAGCAGACCGGCGCCUUCCUUGUGAGGGCUAUGGAUGAGGCACUGAGCCUUCAACCGCGCGAUAUGUACUGGUCGGUUUUGGGGAUGAUGAACAACCCUUGGUUCCGGGUUACCAUUACAAAAGAAAAUGGAAUACUCAAGUUCGAGCACCCAACAGAUCCUACAGGACCCGGCGGGUGGAUGGAGCGCGUCAAACAAGCAGGUGGUGAUCUGGCCAACGGCAACUGGGGAGACCGACACGCAGGAGAAGACCCGGUAGAGCCCGAGCCCGAAAAGGAGAUAAAUAUGAAGAAAGACGGCGUGAACCGGAUGAUUGAUGUCCAAGAGUUCAAGAAGAACUCGAGCGAUACGAAACCGUGGUUCCUCGUUAAUGGCGAAGUAUAUGACGGCACGGCAUUCCUUGAGGGUCAUCCUGGAGGAGCCCAGAGUAUCAUCUCUUCGGCUGGAACCGAUGUAUCAGAGGAGUUCCUGGCAAUCCAUAGUGAAACGGCCAAAGCAAUGAUGCCCGAUUACCAUAUCGGAACCAUGGAUAAAGUAUCUCUGGAGGUGCUCAAGAACGAUAAUGUCCCACACUCAGAUGAAUCACGCGCAACGUUUCUUCAGUCAAAAUCAUGGACCAAGGCAACGCUCACAAAGAGAAAGGAUGUGUCAUGGGACACUCGCAUCUUCACUUUCCAACUCGAACAUGACAAGCAAACGCUGGGUCUACCAAUUGGCCAGCAUCUCAUGAUCAAACUCUCCGACCCGACCAGCAAAGAAGCCAUCAUCCGCUCGUAUACGCCCAUCUCCGACACCAACCAGGAAGGAACGAUGGAUCUGCUGGUCAAGAUCUACUUUGAUACGCCCACAAUAAAAGGUGGCAAGAUGACCAUGGCCAUGGAGAAGCUUGCAUUGGGCUCAAUAAUCGACUGCAAGGGUCCCACGGGUAGGUUUGAAUACCUUGGGAACGGCAAGAUCUUGGUGAGCGGGAAAGAGCGUCAUGUCCGCUCUUUCAAGAUGAUCUGCGGAGGAACCGGUAUCACGCCGGUCUUCCAGGUCCUGCGUGCUGUUAUGCAAAACAAGCAAGAUCCUACUUCAUGCGUCGUCCUUGAUGGAAAUAGACAGGAGGAGGACAUUCUGUGUCGCGCCGAACUUGACACCUAUGAAGCGUUAGACAGCAAAAAGUGCAAGGUGAUACACACCUUGACCAAGGCUCCGGACAGUUGGACCGGCCGUCGUGGACGUAUAUCGGAAGACCUAUUGAAGGAAUACGCGAUUCCCGAUGGCAAGAGCAUGGUGCUUGUCUGUGGUCCGGAGGCCAUGGAAAAAUCCGCUCGCAAGAUCUUAAUGGAGCAGGGAUGGGCGGAGUCAGAUCUUCAUUUCUUUUAGCUGUGGCUCUCCGAGGAAUAGCAUCUUUCGUCAGUGUAGACAGACGGGGUUCUUAGACUGUAUAUAGGUACGAUGAUAUCAGGAGAUAUACGAACUGUGAGGUAAAUGGACGAACAGACUGCGCCAAUG